CGGUAACAAGUCACAAAGCGCCUUUCCGUCUAUAAAUAGCGAGUGUUCUAAGGCUUAGAAACGUCGUCCAGUUUCGCUUGUUUGGGGCGCUUCAGCACGCACAUACAAGCACACACGAACCCGUAAUCUGAGUUUCAGAACGAUCUGUACCUGCAGCUUGAGAUAAUGGAAACCUUUCUAUUCACCUCUGAAUCUGUCAACGAGGGUCACCCCGACAAGCUGUGCGAUCAGAUCUCCGAUGCGGUGCUUGAUGCCUGCCUUGCCCAGGACCCUGACAGCAAGGUUGCCUGUGAGACAUGUACCAAGACCAACAUGGUCAUGGUCUUUGGAGAGAUCACCACUAAGGCCGACAUAGACUAUGAGAAGAUUGUUCGUGACACCUGCCGUACUAUUGGCUUUGUUUCCGAUGAUGUGGGUCUUGAUGCAGACCACUGCAAGGUACUGGUCAACAUCGAGCAGCAGAGCCCUGAUAUUGCCCAGGGUGUCCACGGCCACUUCACCAAGCGCCCUGAGGAGAUUGGUGCUGGUGACCAGGGCCAUAUGUUUGGCUAUGCCACUGAUGAAACCCCUGAAUACAUGCCUCUUAGCCAUGUCCUUGCAACCAAGCUUGGAGCUCGCCUCACAGAGGUCAGGAAGAAUGGCACUUGCCCCUGGUUGAGACCCGAUGGUAAGACCCAAGUGACUGUUGAGUACUACAAUGAGAAUGGUGCCAUGGUUCCAGUCCGUGUCCACACUGUGCUCAUCUCCACCCAACACGACGAGACUGUCACUAAUGAUGAGAUUGCUGCUGACCUUAAGGAGCAUGUUAUCAAGCCUGUCAUCCCUGAGAAGUACCUUGAUGAGAAGACCAUCUUCCACCUUAACCCUUCAGGUCGCUUUGUCAUUGGUGGCCCUCAUGGUGAUGCAGGUCUCACCGGGCGUAAAAUCAUCAUUGACACUUACGGUGGCUGGGGAGCCCAUGGUGGUGGUGCUUUCUCUGGAAAGGACCCAACCAAGGUGGACAGGAGUGGUGCUUACAUUGUCAGGCAGGCUGCCAAGAGCAUUGUUGCGAAUGGGCUUGCUCGCAGGUGCAUCGUGCAGGUCUCUUAUGCCAUUGGUGUGCCUGAGCCCUUGUCGGUUUUUGUUGACACAUACGGAACUGGAAAAAUCCCCGACAAGGAGAUCCUCAAAAUUGUGAAGGAGAACUUCGACUUCAGGCCAGGAAUGAUUACCAUUCACCUUGACCUGAAGAGGGGUGGCGAUGGUAGAUUCUUGAAGACUGCCGCCUAUGGACACUUCGGUAGGGAUGACCCAGACUUCACCUGGGAGGUUGUGAAGCCCCUCAAGUGGGAGAAGCCUCAAUCUUAAGAUCCAUCUAACGCACCAUCUGCUGCCUGCUUAAAUGCUUGUUUUAUUGGUACUUGAUGAAUAAUUCGAGUGUUACUUGCUGCUGCACUUUAUUUUGAACUUUUAUCCAAUGUUCUAAUCCCUUACUAA